AUGCUCAGACCUGAUGAUGAUAUUACUGACUCGGUGAUACAGUUGCAGAACUGCAAUGCUAAAGGAGUCCUUCUUGUUCAUACGUCUGAUCAUCUUCCAGUUGAGCAACUGAAUGCUCGACCUUGUGGAGACAUUAAGAUCCCUGUGAUGCUGAUUGCUCGAAGACUGGGCGAAGGUUUGCUGAGGGAACUGAAAGAGUGCUCUCACACAGUUAAACUUACUAUUGUUCAUGAUAGCUCUGUGCAGUAUGAUGUUAGUGUUCCUGAAUACCAACCACCAGAUGUCAGAAAAGCUAAUCAAAUGGCUUUUGUUGAUGAAACUCGUAAAAUAUCAGUUGCUGGAAAGAAAUUUGGUUUUACAAAAAGAAUGCGGAAGCUCUUGUUUGCUAGUGAUGGCCAGCCAGUAGUGAUGUGUACAGAUUUGGAGACCGUUGGCAAUAAUACUUUCUUGUUGCUUGAUGAGUAUGAGCGUCAUACUCGUGAACACUCUGUCAGUAGAUCAAAGUUGAAAACCAAACUUCGGAAAAUCUGUAGCCAGUUGACCAAGUGUAUGGACAAGAACUAUCAACAAGAUCUUCCGUACCAUUGUAUUAUGGUAUUUCGUCUUCAAUCGAGUCUUGUGAAAAACGAUUGCGAAAUCUUUCUUCUCAUUCAAUUGAGACAGUGUUCGUACCAUUUGCUAGGAAGAUUUGUUGUUGAUGCACAGGAGUACAUUGCUACUGCCGUUUGGUGGAAGCCUGGUUCCUGCUCAUAG